UGAAACUUUUUCAGCACCCUUUGUUUCAAAAAGACGACCUGUGAAUGCUGUUCAGUGUGCCAUGCAUGGCUUUGUUGAUACACACGUUGUGGGUGGUCCAAAGCAAAAUAUUUGUAAACUCUUGUGCCCAUCCUGCCAGUGUACAAACUUUGUUAUUGACAUUAGCUGUUUCAAAACAAGCGUACCCAAAGUCCAAGAAAUUAUGCAAACUUACCUAGCGGAUUUGAGCAAACUUCACCGGCCUGGAUGUUUCUGGAAACUUGAUAAAUGUUCCGAUGACAUUUACGCGUUUCCCCUUCGCACUUCAACUGAAUUUGGCUAUGGAGUUUCCUGAUUCUCCCGACUACAUUCCUGACAAGGUCGUUGAAGUAACUGAAAACACUGAUGCUCCGAUGGAUGAUCGAGUAGAAAAGGAGAAUGCAUCUGUCGAGGGCGAAGGUUCUGUUAUAGCCAAGGACACUGUCACUGCUACUUCUCCUGCUGAGGAAGCGACUGUUGAAGAAGAGACUGAAGUAGCGCUUGACGAAAGCAAUACACUUCUCGCCGAAUCGCAGGAAAAACAAAAGGAGCCAGAACUCGUUGAGCAGCCUGAGUCGGCUACCGUCACUCCACCUACUGCCGCCAAAGAGGCAGAAGAAUCCGAGACUGCUCACGAGAUUGAAGAUGAGUUGAUCGAUUAUAUGGAAUCUGAACCAGAGGACGAGGACGAAGCUGAGCCUGUUGCUGUAUCUGCUGUCGAUGCUGAAGCCACAGAAAAGGAUGGCCAUCUUGACGAAGCUACAGCUACAGCAGCAGCAGCAGAUGUUGAAAUUGACGUUUCUUUGUUGGACGAUGUGCAGACGUCAACGGCGAUAUCGACAACAGUUUCGACACCUGUGCCAGAUCAGCUACAGCAAGCCAAUGAAGACGAUAUCAACGCUGCUAUUACACGACAGAGUCCUCCUUCGUCCGAACAAGAACAAGAUACAGAUGUCUUCAGGUCCGAUCUUGAAUUGAAUGAAAAAGAAACUAUGGCCUCUCAUCCUGGUGAUGAGCAACAACUUGAAGUCCAAGACCAAGAGCAAGGUUCCACCGCCGACGAUGUGUUCACGUCAUCCGGUGUUCAAAUUGAAGAAAUCGAUGGUUUGGUGGAAGACAUGGAUGGUGUAGAGUUCGUCUGGCCUCAAGAUGGCGAAAAAGUAUCUUCUUCAGAUCAAGAAAAGGAGGUUGGCCCUAUCAGUAUGGAAGAGGAUGGACAAGUUGCUUCCACAGUGCCGGUUGUGGGUGACCAAGAUAGCAAGGUGUUUGAGCGAGAUGCUGUGGACGACAAUGAUGUCGAACGAGUAGUUGAAGAUGCGGACAUGGCCAUUGAGAGUCAACAAGCUAUUGUUGAUGUUAAUGAGCCUGAACCGCAACAAGAAGAAGAAGAGGCGGAACAAGAAACAGAGCAAACCCCUCCUGUGGCCACGGAAGAUUCGCCGGAGGCACUUGUGGCUGGUCCGGCUGAACAGCAUCAGGUUGGCGAUGAUUUUGUUACCAAGGAAGGCUCGGAUCUCCCCCUUACCGACAACAAGGAAAAUGACGAGAUGCAGGAGAUACAAGGUACGGUCUCCGUGUCAUCACCCAAGCCUGAGCAAGACGACGAUCCCUCCGCCAAGGAUAACGGCGACAAUGAUGAUGUAGAAGCCCUCCAAAAGGAGCCAUCACCAGUGGUUGAAGGGCUGGACGCGCUAGAUGAUGACAAUACGAAGCAGCAGCCCGAACAGCAACAACAACAACAAAACGACGACGAGGCUACUGCAGCUCAAGUUGAAACCACGGCCGUUAUAGAUGAACAAGGCGAAAAAGACGUUAUCGAAACGACACAACAGGCUAGUAAUGAUGAUGAUGGUAAUGAAAGCGCGAUAGCAACUCAAGUAAAUACAGCUCGACUCGGACAAGCCAACGACAAGACUCUCACAGAGACAGCGAUGUCAGCUGACAACGAAGUCGCUCGACCUGAAGACAACAUUCAAGUUGAAGAAAUCGAAACAGUAACUGAAAUCGAACAAGCUAAAGUGACAACAGCAACGGCAACUGAUGAUGUACAAUCUGAGAGUGUCGUAGUAACUGCUGGAGCAGAGGAAGAAAAAGGGACUACUGCAGCAUCAUCGCCAUUAGUAACAGAAGCUGACGUUCUUGGAACACCAACGGAAGACGCUUCUGAAGAGCAGCAACAGUCUUUGACGGAGAAUAUUGAUACAUCAGUCUCGACGCCUCAGCUACUGCAGUCAAUGGAGGACGCGCUAGGUCAAUCACCCAGCCAUCCCGUUACUGAAGAUACCCGAGUUGCUGAACAAGUCGCCGAGACCCUUGCAUCGGAAGAAGUAACUCCAGUAGCAGCAACAGCAGCAGAAGUAGAUGCUAUUCACAAUGGCAACACCGCUACUACCACUACCAUGUUGACUUUUAAGGAUCCCGAAGUUGAUACAAUGGUGGAGGAUGAAGUCGACAGCAGUGUAGCUGCAGGUGCUGAUGAAAAUAUUGAAGAGGGUAAAGAUGUUGAACAAGUACAAGGAGGCAGUGCAGGAAUGGUUGGUACCAAAGGUGAAAAAAUGGAAGAGGACAUGGUGGAUCGAGACGGUGAUGUGGGCAUGCAAGAAGUAGUGGAUGAGGAGAUGGAUAAUGCAGAAGAAGAGCAAGAAGAUGGGACCAUGGAUGAAGAAAACGCACAACCUGCUGCUGCUGCUGCUUCCGAGAAUACACAACUGUGAUAAACUUUCACUACUGAAGUGUAAGUGUGCCAUUUCUGUAAUUUGCUCUAAUCUUUCUUAUUUCCUUGUUUCUGAUUGCUAAUGUAUCUUUUUUUUUUUCUUGACAGUAUUGAUUUCCAAAUAACUUUGCGAAACCGCUUCUUAGUUUUAAGAAUACCUGUCACAUUCUUUUUUUAUCGUUGCACAUAUCUCCCCUUAUUGUAGUUAU